AUGUCUUCAGAAAAAGAUUGUGAUCAAGAGAUUACUCAUCAACAUCACGCUCCGUACUUGAGCGGCUUAGCUUUAAAAAUCUUGAUACCUUUGCUUGAACAUGUCCCCGGGCUAUCAAGUUAUUUUUACUGGAACACUGGAUUAAAAGUUCUGAGAAAUAGGUCCUAUAUAGAAGAAAUGACUGUAGUGCCAUUACCUUUACCAAAAGAACUAUUUAAUAUUGAAAACCCAAAGGUUUCAUCCUCUUCAUAUCCGAUUUUAAAGUUUCGUCUUUCGUCAGAGAAAAUGUUUCGCCUAGCAACUUUAGGUAUCACUAAAAGUCAUCAAGUGCUCCUCAAUUCUAUUGGAUUAAUUCGCGGAAUGAAGGUUAGAUCAUCUGUGAAAAAAUUAUGUGAUGGUUGUUAUACCGUUAGAAGACGUGGAACUGUUUUUGUACUUUGUAAAAAGAAUAAGAAGCAUAAACAGAGGCAAG